UGAUGAGAGAAUGGAUGAGAUUGGAGAGAGUAGCAUAAAGGAACAAGAGAAGUUGCUGCCAAUAGCGAACGUUGGUCGAAUCAUGAAGCAGAUUCUUCCCCACAACGCCAAGGUUUCCAAGGAAGCCAAAGAAACCAUGCAAGAAUGCGUGUCGGAGUUCAUCAGCUUCGUCACUAGCGAGGCAUCGGACAAGUGCCGGAAGGAGCGGAGGAAGACGGUUAAUGGAGAUGACAUAUGCUUCGCUCUGGCCUCUCUUGGCUUCGAUGAUUAUGCUCAUCCUAUCACGAGGUAUUUGCAGAGAUUUAGAGAACUUGAUCUUGAUCAUCAUCACACUAGAACUACUCAUACUAUUAAUCAAGAACGAGAUACACGGAAUAGCACCUUUGAUGAUGAUGAAUAGUUAUGUUACUGGAUCCAAUCGUUAUUAUUAAUAAGAAGAUUGUUAGUGCCAACAACUUUUGUGAUUUAUAGUAAUUAAGUAGUCAUUAACAAUAUUUUUAAUGGUGCGAGAUUUCAUUCAAUUGUGUGAGAUUACUUUUUUUUUUUUAUGGUUACAUGCUGGUUACUAAUAAUAAUAAGGUUAAUGCAUGAUUGCUACUACUUAAUUUAGAUCUGCAUAUUCAUCAUAUUAUUGCUUCAAUUCUGAAAUGCCAUACUUCUA